AGUCUGAGAACUGCAUGUUGACGACCUGUAGAUUUCCACCAUAAUGUUGGGAGCAGUGAAAAUGGAAGGACACGAAACUCCCGACUGGAGUAGCUAUUAUACUGAUGCGCAAGAGGUCUACUCCCCCAUGACAAACAGUGGCAUGAAUGCUGGACUGAGCUCCAUGAACAGUAUGAACAGUUACAUGAGCAUGUCCUCCAGUGGGAAUAUGACCACUAGUUCUUUCAACAUGUCCUAUGCGAACCCUGCUCUCAGUGCUGGACUAAGCCCCGGCACGAUGGCGGGAAUGCAGUCCAGCGCAAGCGGUGCGAUGAACGGGAUGGGUGGUGGGGUGGCGUCUAUGGGCACUGCACUUAGCCCCACAAAUAUGAACGCGAUUUCAGCUCAGCACACCUCCAUGAACGCCCUGAACCCUUACUCAAGCAUCAGCCCCACUAUGAGCCCGAUGACAUAUGCCCAGAGCAACCUUAACAGGCCACGGGACAACAAGACUUUCAGGAGAAGCUAUCCGCACGCUAAGCCUCCGUACUCAUACAUAUCGCUCAUAACUAUGGCUAUUCAGCAGUCACCGAGCAAGAUGCUUACCCUUAGUGAGAUCUACCAAUGGAUAAUGGAUCUUUUCCCAUACUACCGUCAAAACCAACAAAGGUGGCAAAACUCCAUCAGACACUCGCUGUCCUUCAAUGACUGUUUUGUCAAAGUGUCUAGGUCACCGGAUAAGCCAGGAAAAGGCUCUUACUGGACCCUUCAUCCUGAUUCUGGAAAUAUGUUUGAGAAUGGCUGUUACCUCCGCAGGCAGAAACGCUUCAAGUGUGAGAAAAAGCUUUCGGGAAAUAAAGGGCCGGACGGAAGGAAGGAGCCGAGCGGGUCAGGCUCGCCAUCCAGCGACAACGGCAACACAAAGAACAGUCACAUGGACACCAGCUCGAUAGGCAGCGCCAACCAGUCAUCCAGCCCUCAAAGCCUGGAGCACAGAAGCAGCACCGCCAGCUCGGAGCUAAAGAACAGUGGCCCACAGCUGCACCCCGCAGCCAGCUCAGCCCCAGUCCUCUCCUCCAUCCCUUUGCCCCCACAUUCAAUGACCCAUGAGUCUCAGCUGCACCUAAAGGGAGACCCCCAUUACUCUUUCAACCAUCCGUUUUCCAUCAAUAAUUUAAUGUCCUCCUCGGAGCAGCAGCACAAACUGGACUUGAAAGCGUAUGAACAAGCGUUGCAAUAUUCAUCCUAUGGCUCAGGUAUGUCUUCCAGCUUGCCUCUAGGCAACGCCUCCAUGGCUGGCAGAGCGAGCAUGGAUCCCUCAGCAUUAGAGGCGUCUUACUACCAAGGUGUGUAUUCAAGGCCGGUUCUUAACACUUCUUAGUUUGUUCUUAUUAUUUACUGAACUCAACAAUUGCUGACAGAUAAACUUUAUUUUAUUUUUGCAUGCACCCGGUGCAUAAAGGACUGUUACUUUAAAGUAUAAUAAUGUGUAUGUGUAUAAUAAAAUAUUGUAAAGUGUUCCCCUGAAUGAUUGUAUAUCCAACCUAUAAAUCAUUGCUAGUGUAUUUAAAACGAUUUUGAGCUUGUAAAAUAAUGUUGUAAUCCCAAAACUUGUAGCCCCUAUUACGAUGUGUUCAUGUGUUACGAUGUGCACGAAUGAAGGUCAGUCACGGUCUUGUGGAACGCGUGAUACAAGUAAAAAGCAAAGCACCUGUCUGUUGCAGAUAUAUUUGGAUGUUGUCAUUUUACUCGUUAUUUUGGGUUUUGUUUACCUCGUCUGACGAAAAACCUUUCAAUCCCGACCUUGUAUUGAGAUAAGUUAAUCGA